GGCGGAAAGAGGGCGUGGCUUCCGCCGCCAUGAGGCCGCGCGCGCUCCCGCCGCCGCCGCCGCCCGGGGGGAUCCUGAGGCGGAGGGGGCGCGGAGGGGGACACCGGCAGGUGCGGUUCGCGCCCAUCCCGGAUGAUGAUGAGGAGGAGGAGGAUGAUGAGGAUGAAGCGGCCGGGGCGCCGUUCCUGGCCACGCCCACCCCGCACAGCACCCGCGGGGGUCCCGGUGGGGGCCCCCCGGUUCCGUUCGACGCCCCCCGAGCGGCGGCCGCGCUCCUGGGCAGCUCCUGGGCGGCGCGCUCGGCGCUGGGGGAGGCGGCGGCCGCCGCCAUGAACGUGCCGCCGGCCCAGCGCCUGUUCCGCGGGCUCAUCAGCCUGGCCGUGCCCCCCCCGGUACCGGGGCCGCGCAGGGGGGUCCCGCCCGCGCCCCCCGCAGGUACCGGGGCCGUGCCUGGCCGUGCUGGCGGCGGGGGCGGCGAACACCGGGGGGGAGGGGCCGGUCCUGCCCCCCCGCGCCCCCCGAGCCCCCCCGGGCCCGCCCGCGCCCCCCCGGCGCCGCCUUCACCAUGUACCGGAAACGGCUGCAGUGGGGAGGGGGCUGAGACCCCCCAAAUUCCCGCUGCUAUCCCCCCUCAAAACCCCUUUCCCCCCCGAACCCCUCUUCCCGUCCCCCAAAUCCCAUUUUCCCCCAUCCAAACCCCAUUUUUCCACCCGAAAUCCACAUUUUUCAUCCCCAAAUUCCCAUUUCCCCACCCCAAAUCCCCCUUUUUUCACCCCAAAAAAUAAACCCGUUAUUUUUCAAGUUCCCCGUACCCCC